CUUUGACGAAACACUGCUUCUAGGGAAGUGGCCCGGAAGCCUAGGGUUGCGGAUUGACUUGGUCGGAUGUCUGCGUCGGAGGGCCUCAUUCCUUCCUUGCGCCUCCCGUGCUCGCUCCGCUAUCCCGCAGCCCGGUUUGCCGCUUCGACCGCGCUGAGCGGCCACCAGCAUUGCGAUUAGGCAAUGUCUGGGUUGGCGGUCGGGGCCACCGCCGCUCCCAGGGGCACGACCCGCCAGAGGCCGACCAACGUCGAAUCUGUUCUGCGAGCAUUUGGCCCGGUCCCGUCGGGGCACGGCGGCAGGCGGCCGAGGGCUCUGCGCUGUGCCGACGGCCACGGAGAGGCAGGCCACGACGGCCGACCCGCAGGCCUCUUCGAUGGCGGUUGGGAGCGUUGCUCGGCGUGUCGCGCCGCCGGUUCUGGCCUGCCACUCCUCGUUCGUCGCGGCACGCUGACCACGUCCUGGCCCCCCUUUGCCCCCCAGGCGUCAGCGCCCCGAGCUUCUCCCAGCCUCCCGCACCGCGGGGAGGAGAGACGCGCUGUCAGCUCGCAGGGCUUGGCGUGCCCCCAGGGGCCGCCGCCUCGACGCGCUGAGAGCAGCACUUCCAGACAGAGAGAUCCGCCAGAGCGCCGCAGGCUGCAAGAAUUGGGCUCUGCGGGUGCUUGCCACGGUCGGCACCGUUCAAUGCUGGCGAAGGGGCGACGGGAUUCGGACGUCCCCGCAUGCAGGGCGAACUACGAUCGCCGGCAUUGAAGCAGCUCUGUCCCGCCUACAGCAGUUUCCUGGGCAUUGUUAUAGGAUCUGGCACGUCCCACUCGCCUGUGGGCACACCCUUGGGCGGCGGAUCCCGCGAGACCAGGCAACUUUCAGAGCGCAGCUGCAGUCGUCGCUGUCCGAUUGGACGGCCAUGGGGAAGAAGGGCGUCUGGCUGCAGAUCGGCAUCGGUUCGGCGGAUCUCAUUCCCAUCGCGACCUCAGAGUUCGGCUUCGAGUUCCACCACGCGGAACGAGGCCACGUCAUGCUGGCCAAGUGGUUGCCGAAAGACUUGCCCAACACCCUGCCGGGGAACGCGAGCCACACUGUGGGUGUCGGUGCCGUUGUCACCGACUCUUCUGGCCGGGUCUUGCUUGUAAAGGAGAAGUCGGGGCCUGCCGCUCGUAUGAAUAUCUGGAAGCUCCCAACGGGCUUGGUCGAUGCUGGCGAAGAGUUGUCUGAUGCGGCAUUGCGCGAGGUGCGCGAGGAGACCGGUAUUGUUGCAAAGUUUGAUUUCCUCGGCGGUUUUACCAUGAAUCACGUGGGAAACCCAGCGCAUCCUCACAAGAGCAACAUGUUCUUCAUCGUGAAGUGCUCUGCGAGCUCUUCGGACAUCUCCAUCCAGGAGUCAGAGAUCGCAGAGGCGAGGUGGUUCACACGCGAGGAGUGGGCAGCCAUGCCGUUUCCGGAGAAGGGGUGUAUAUGGCAUGCCCUGAACCAGUCUGCCCUGGAGGGCAAGGCAAGACUGGAUAUGAGGCAGCUGCCUUUGGGCAGCUCGCGGCCAGGGCACCGCAUGUUCUACUAUCCGGUGCCUACGCCCGCCCUGUAACAAUCCCGGAAGGUUCUGUCUCGUUCCCCUCCCCGAUUUUUCACUGGUCUGUCGCUGUCUUGAAUUUUCGUCGCCUGGUGCAUCCUGUAGAGCUGUUUCCAUUGAGCCACUGCGGGCGCGUCUCCGAGUAUCGCAUCUCACCCCAGCGCAGCGGCUGUGACGAA